CCUAACUUGGGCAGAUUGGCCAUUAUUACUCCAGAAAAAGUCUAGCGACCGGAAACCAAGGACAAACCCCCAAAUAAAUUCGAGAGAAGAACCACAAAAAUGUCUCAAAGACUCUCAGACACGAGGCAGUGCUCGGACUCUUUAGGAAAAUGCCCUCUUCCACCAUUAAAUGACGGACUAAUCGAUUCCAUGCAAUCUUAUCGGACCUCCUAUAGGCCGAGGUCUCUCCAUGCGGCUCAUUGGCGAGUUCCAAGUGUAAUCAGCGUCACGUACUAAAAGUUAAUUAAUAGUCAGUCCUUUUCCGCCGUCAAUCUGUCCCAUGGUUUAGUUCCUACGGGAACUACAGCCUCAUGAGUUAUCAUAGUAUAUGUAUCAGCAUGUGCCUGUAUUUACAAUAUUUGCCAGAGCAGUCAGGUGCACAAUCAUCGAUGGAAGAAGGUUGAACACCUCCGACAAUGCGCAUCCUCAGCCUACCGUUAUUUCUUCGGUCUGGCUAUGGCUACAUCUUCAUCUCUUUCACUAUUAUCUAUCUCCUUCUCAUUCGCUAUUGUCGAACACAUUACUACCAAGACCCGACCUCCUACUUUUUUGACCCUGAGAGGGGCUAUGAGCCUAUUUAUACGCGAUUCCGGGUCUCUCAGUCGAUCAAUUACCUUCACCACGUCAAUGAAACGGCCAGUCGCGCAACAAAUAUAACCGCCGCUUCAAUAAACAAAAAUGCCAGUUUGUGUGUGGGGAUCGCGUCGAUUGCGCGCAAUGACAUAGACUAUAUGGAGUCUACAGUAGGCUCUCUACUUGUCGACCUCACCGAACAGGAACGCGAAGACAUGCACCUUACCCUAUUGAUAGCGCAUACGGACCCUUCGAAACACCCAUUUCACUCGCAUAAGUGGCUAUCGGCAGCUGCAGAUACGGUUUUGACUUAUGAUCUGCCACAAAAGCAGAUAGAUUACAUCAAGAAAUUGGAGAUGGGAAAGGGGAGGCCAAAGGAGAAAGCGUUAUUUGAUUAUACAUACUUGCUUAAAGCCUGCCAGGAUGUGGGGACCCCAUAUGUCAUCAUAAUCGAAGAUGAUGUCGUUGCGAUGGACGGAUGGUACCAUCGAACUGUCCAAGCGUUGGAAGAUGCAGCACGGAAGACGCGCGAUAUGGGCGCUUCAAGGUACCUCUAUCUUCGAUUAUUCUAUACCCAAAAAUUCCUGGGCUGGAACGACGAAGAGUGGUUAGCUUAUUUCUUAGGGUCUCUCGCGGUCGUCGCAUCUGUCGGCGGCGUGCUCAUGGCGACCCUCUACGUACCCUACGCGAAUCGUUUUCUUCGUAAGGAUAUAAUCGUCGUGUUAUGCCUCGUCUGUACACCGCUCUGUAUCGUCCUAUUUUUUGCCGCCGGCCGGGUUUCCAUGCUCCCUAUAUCCGCUGGGGUCCAUCAGAUGCCGAAGUUUGGCUGCUGUACGCAAGCGAUCGCCUAUCCCCGCGAGCGUGUCCCCGAUGUUAUUGAUUGGUAUGAUUCACAGCAGACGGGGGACGCAGAUUCGCUGCUAGAGCGAUAUGCAAAUGAAAACAAGGAGAUUAGAUGGGCGCUUACCCCAAGCCUGUUUCAGCACGUUGGAAUCCGGAGCUCCAAAUUCGAAGACGAUGGCUUCCGGAGAGAUGCCAAGUCGAUUUGGAAUUUCCAGUUUGAGUCGAAUGAUCCCAUGGCGUUGCAGAUAGAACAUGAGAAGGCUGUGGAGGGUCUUCAUAAUUGAGAAUCUUUGUGACGAUAUUGACGAGACCGAUAGAUUAUGUGAUCAUACUAAUGUAAAGUUAUUAGAAUUCUGUU